GCCACUUCCCCUCCCCCCUCCCUUCUACAGAAAUUCACACCCGAAAAAGCUCCAGUGUGGGAAGGAGCUUUGCUUGGCGCUGAACGGCUGAAAAGCAUCCCGACUUCAGACUUGGAACACAUUUGAAGACAGAAUCAGCGAGACUUAACAAAGGACCGGUCGGGUGCGUUAUGUGAAAGAAUGAGGAAAUGAAGAAUAACGUCAGAGCGGUCGCUGUCUGAGUGGCAGAAUGAGUGGUCCUGCCACCAAGAUAAGAAGGAGCAUCCAAGGAAUUGGGUUUGAAGGGGGAAGGGAAUCAAGGAUUAUUUAAACCUCUUCAAGUCUGAGGCGCCUGUUAGAUAGCCAAGAACUCUGUUUGCUUGUAACUCCCACUCAAAAUCUGAGCUCAAACAGGAAUGGGCUCCCGUGUCUUCUUGUUCCUAUGUCCUUGGAACCUAUAAGAGACUCUGGCACACAGUAGGUGGUGAAUAAAUAUUUCUUGGAUGACUGGGUGAACAUGUAUCUGAGGCUUUUGUAGUUUGAAGUCCUGGACUACAGCCCUUGCUGAGUAGAGAGGCCAAUUGGCAAUGAAGACUAUUUAUCAAUAACCAGAAUGCUAAGAGAAAUUGCAGAUGAUCCAACCACUUUUGCCAGAGAGAGGCUGAUGAGAACUGGAAAAACAGGAAGGGUUUCUCUUCUCCUUCAGUCAAGUGCCUCGUUUUGACAGAAACUAAUAGGAAUUUCUCUGGACAAGGGAACCUGGGAGAUAUAGUACCUCAGGGUGGGAUUUAAAAGGGGGUAAGGUAGGGGCUUAGAGCCAAGAGACAGUAGGUAAAUAACUAGCUCAAAAGAAGCAAAGGUCCCAGAAGGACAAACUAAAGUUAAACUCUGGAUGCAGGACAGGGGAACAAAGAGCCAGGACACAGGGCUGAGCUAUGCACUUCUAGACAAAAUUUCAAUACCUAGAGGCCUCGGCCAGAAGAAAAGGAAAUACAAAUAGCAAUAUGAAUUAUCCUCUUCAGAGAAAGCUGAGCGGAAAGAAGAGACCUCCCUGAGAGCCCUCCCCCCCCAGCCCUCUAACGCUACUAACGUGGAUUCUCUCAAAGCUUUUGCCAGCAGUAAGAUUCAAUAUGCAGUCCAGCAGUGAAUAUUUAAGAGCUCUGAGAAUCCAACACUAGGCCGAAUUUCCGUUUAGUGUCGUACAGAGGGGGGAAGAGUCUCUACUCUCAUGGAAGCAGAUUUCCCCACUUGUAACAAAGGUAGGCACACGAACGUAUUCCCUGGUCCUGGUUCCUGGUUUUUAGGGUUGCCAUCAUCAUCCUGCUCAAUCUCAAUUGUUCUCCAUUUCUGCCACCCUGCCUCAGCUUCUCACAGUGCCAUGUGGGCUAUUACUGCUGUGGGAUUUACCUCCUUGCAGAAUGUAUUCACUUAGAUAAUCUUCCAGUCAUUUAUCUCUGGGUAAUACUGAUUCUCUUCAGAUGUGGUGUGUUGUGGUGAAUGAAUUUAUAAGCCCAAUUUCACUUUUUUGCCCACAGAUGGAGGUCAGGUUGCUAAGCAGAUCUUCUUGCCUAAUCUCCAGUUUCCUGUAGGUUUUCUUCCUUUCUCUCCUCUCCUCUCCUCCCCCUCUCCCCUCUCCUCCCCCUUACCCCUUCCCCUCCUCCUCUCCUUCCUUCUCUCCUUCCUUCCUCCCUCCCUCCCUUCCUUCCUUUUUUCCUUCCAUUCUUCCUUUCCUAAAGAGGCAGCUUUCUAAAACUUUGAUUUUCUGGUUCUACAGUGCCUGAAUCAAUGUAAUAUAUUAAAAUAUGUGCUUUUCCCCACAGCCAGGAUAUUGCAUCAAGCAUUUAAGAUGUUCCAAUUGUGUGUCUUUCCCAUAUAGGCUCCAAAGUAAUCAAUAUGCAUACACAUGAUCACGUAAGUGCAAGCUCCCUCUUGGUUUUCUUUCUAGAAGGUGGCUUUGAGACUGUGGCUGGGUUAUGAACUGGAAAGACUGAGCUCUGUCCAAUAAAAAGAAAAGCUUCAUAUGUUGUCCGCAGCUAUUUGAAAAGGGGAGAACCAAAAUUGGAAGUGUUUAGUUCCCAGCACCUACAUCAGGCAGCUCAUGAAAGCCUGUAAGUCUAGCUUAUAGGAUCUAACAUCCUCUCGUACCCCCUAGGCACUUACACACACACACACACACACACACACACACACACACACACACACACACACAGAGACAGAGACAGAGACUGAGACAGACAGACAGAGAGACAGAGACAGACAGACACAGGGACACAGAGACAGAGAGACAGACACAGAGACACAAAGACAGACACAGAGUUGUUUUUGUUUUUUAAGACAUUGUCUCACUACAUAGCCCUGAUUGUCCUUGAACUCACUAUGUAGACCAGCUUGACUUCAAACUCACAGAAAUCUGCCUGCCUCUGCCUCCAGAGUGCUGGAAUUAAAGGUGUGAGUCACCACACACAGACACACAAAGGUUUUGAAAAGAAGUUAAAGUGUAUAACAUCACCUCCAGGACCCCGUCAUUCAAACAUAGAUGUUUCUGGGGGAUGGACUACAGCUGAAUGUGGAAAGUUCUGAAGAUAAAAAGGUGAGGAGUUCUGCCUUUACGUCUUAUUAAUCAUAGACAUCCAAGUAGUUGCAGGAAGUGAUUCAUACCCUGAGUUAUGGUUGGUGCAGACCCCUAUGCCUCAAAAAAGACAGCAGUGGCCAUUCACAUUAUCUUUUACCAGAUGGUCUCUGAGGCUUUGAGCAAACCCUGGCUCUUCCAGGAACUCAAGCCUGCUAGAUCUUUUUCAGUCUAUCAGUUGCGCUCUCUCUCUCUCUCUCUCUCUCUCUCUCUCUCAAGCUUUCGAGACAGGGUUUCACUGUGUAUCCCUGGCUGUUCUGGGGCUUGUUUUGUAGACCAGGCUGGCCUCGAACUCAGAGGUCCACUUGCCUCUGCCUCCUAAGUGCUGGUAUCAAGGAUGUAAGCCCUUGAUUUGUUCGUUAAGGCUUUGUUCAUCUUUGUGAAGUGCUUUCUUGAGGCAGGAUCUACUGUAGCCCAAGAUCAUCUCAGACUUCCUAUGUAACUGAAGAAGAUAUUGACCUCCUUGGUCUUGGAAUGUUCAUCUUCUAAAUGCUGGGAUCAUAGGCAUGCCCCUCCAUAGCUGGCCGAUGUUUUUACUCUCCUCUCAUAUCAGGAGCAACAGUUGAGAUGCUGCCUCUAAGACAGACUAUGUCUCUUCUACUGGAGGCCAUUGUCUGAUGACUAUGUAGCUACUUUUUCCUGCUUCUCCUCCAGGUCCUGGCCUUUCUUCUGGGUUCUAUAAAGAUCCUGUCUCUUUAGAAUCCUUGACAUGUUUGUGUAUUUUGGGGCUCUGUCCUAUAUCUUUUCAGCACAUCAUUUCUUUAUCUGCAUAGUCUCAUCUAGUUCACUGUUCCAAACUAGCACAUACACUUGUGGCUGGCUCUGAAAUAUGGACUUGUAUCCCAAAUGUCUUAAUCCAGUUGGAUUGUUAUAGCAAAAUGCUGAGUGGCUUAUAAACCACAGAAUUUUAUCUCUCGUGGUUCUAGGGCCUGAAAAUUCAAGACCAAGGUGCUGGUAGAUGCUGCUUCUGAUGCAGACCCACUUCCUAGGUCUCAAAUGGUAUCUAAGUUGUGCCCUUAUAUGGCAGAAGGGACAUCGAUGCUUCCUGGAGCCUCCCUUACAAGAGUAUCAAUAAUUUACCCUAAAGUCUGUGACUUUUCAUACCCUUAUAUCGGGAUUAGGUAUCAACCAAUGAACUUGGGUUCAUGUAAAAUUCCAAUCUGCAGCCCAAAACUUGUCUCUUCUAAGCUCUGGAUUCAUUUUUUUAUAUUAUAUUUUAUCUUAUUUUGGUGCUAGGGACUAAACCUGGGAUGUCUCAUACAUGCCAAGCAUGGGUUCUACUACUGGACUACACCAUGACCUUCAGACUCAUCUUUUAAACUAUUCACUAAUGACCCUAUUUGCCCCAAAUAGUCAACUGACCAAACUCAAACUGUUGUUCAUUCUUCUCAUUUGCCCAUUCUCUAUUUCUCUAUAGCUUGGUGAAUUGUAUCCUCACUUCCACAUAUUAGGCAAGAAAACUAAAAUGUGAUGUAUUACUACUAUCCCAUGACUGCCUGGGUCUAGUAAUCCUACUGUUAUAUCAGGAAACAUUUGUGAACCCUGCCAUCCUGAUAUCUUUUCUCUCUCUCCACAGCCACUGUGUGCUUUAGUGACAAUUAUGUAUUUAGGUAUUUUUGCAGUUGUUAGAAGUCAUAGAAAUGAGCUCUGAUUAAUUUAGGCUAAAAAUGUUUAUUUGAAUGGAUAUUGGCAAAGCUCAGAGAAUUGAAGGGAAAGUUUAAUAACCAUGCUUCAGGAAAUGCCAGGUCUUGGGUCUUCCUCAUUGCCCCCAUGGCAUCCUGAGAUUGUCUCUAAUGUGGGUGUCACCUUUUGUUGCACUUUGUGCUCCUUUCUGGGUUAAUCGUUCUCAUUAAGGUUGAGAAACACAUUGAAUUUAUGUUUGGGUGACCUAGGAUGGUGUCUGAUGCAUUAUCACAUAUUUUAAAAUAAGCUUUGAGGGCCUAACAUACAAAGCACAGAGUGGCUGAAAAUAUACAUAAAUGUCACAUUUCCAUUUUUAAGGAGCUAGCUGACUUUGCUUACAUACUAGAUCAGUCAGUAUGUAAGCAAAAUACAAAUAGAGCUAUGAGACACUUAAUGCACACCAAAAACAAUGCCCAAAGACAUUGACCGGAAAGUCGAUCUGAGUAGCAGCAUAAAGAAAGAAGAAUCCAAUGGUUAGGAGGAGUGUGUUCUAGGAUGGGGGUGGGUAUGAGAGAGAUGUAUUCCCUGUGUGUAUAACACACUUACUGUGUUGAGAGAUGAGAUGAGAAUGUUGGUUAAGGAAGCAAUGAAGAGAUGCUGGCCAGUCAGCGGGAGGAAGAGGAUAGGUCAGAUAGAUAAGGACAGAUCAUGCAGAAUUUUUUUUUAAUGUGUGUCUUUGUCCCUUACAUUCUGUCUUUAGAACAGAGUACUUCAGCAUUCUAGAUUGCUAGUCCUUCAGAAUCUAGAAGAGACUCAUUGUCUUCAGCACGGAAAGCUUCCCUGUUAAGGACUUGUCUCUUCCUGAGAUUUCCUAGUAUCCUUAAAGGAUCAAGAUUGAGUCUGGGCACACGGUGUGUGCUAAGAAGAGAAUAAUUUAUUGACUUUUGAAGCCUCAUAGAUGGUGAAUCAUAGAGGCACUGGUUUUAGGCCUUGAUGAAUACUAGCUGUGAGUUGGUCCAGUUCUCAGUGAAUAGCCAUGGGCCCAAAGAAAAAUUCCAAGUUUCAAGAAGUCAGUGGAUCAAAGCCUGUGGGAAAUGUCUCUAUUAGGUUUGAGAAACAACUAGGUCAAGAUGAUGAAGAGAUGUAUGAUACAACUGCACAAUCGAAAUUUGUCCUGAAGAACCUCAGACACUACACAGUGCAUCCAAACAUGGCCAAAUACUAUGAGCCUUUGAAGCCCACUAAACUGCAGAGAUUCCUGACUCAAAAGAAGAAAAUGAAUAGUUUCAUGUUAAAGGUGACAGAAUAUGAUCAGGAUAUGACGUUACUGCUCAUGACUAACAACCCACCGCCCUGCUCCAUCAGUCAGGAAAAGGAUGGUGCUCCAAUAUACUUCCCCCCGGAGUUUCAGUUAAAGGAAACUCUCCAUCGGUGCAAACCCAACAAGAAUGACUUCUUUCCCACAAUGUCUCAGAAAAAGAAGUUAAAACCAGAGCUGAAGCCAGUCUUCCCUAUGAAACGGCUAGAUGAUCCUACCUUCAAGGGACAACAAUGGUUUAGGUUUUCUACCGACAAUGAUUUCAACAUCGAAGGGAAGUAUUCUGAAAUCUAUGCUUUAAGGAAACAGAAAAAAAUGUAUCCUAACCUCAUCUUUGCUCCAGCCUCCCAGAGAGAGACAAAGAAACAUGUUUCCAUGAAGUCAGAGAGUGAAACACCAACUUCGCAAGUAUUUUGGGAACCCCUGACAUUUUCAAAGCUCCUAGAAGAGAAGCCUACAAGAAGUGUGCCAGGGGAGAGCUUCUUUCGCCAUGGAAGGGCCCAGCAGUGGAUUGUCAAAGAUGCGGCUGUCAUUUGGUGAAGACAAAGACUUAAAGCCCCACUCCUCACUCUCCAAGAACUGAGGGGGCCUGGAGAAGUCACUAACCAAAUAAAGUUCCCUGUUUGUUGUCUCA